UUCUCGAAAUGGCAUCAGGGUUCAAGGAAACAGGAACUACAUACUGAGUACUUCAGUUCUUCUACAUAAACCGUCGCCGAUGUGCCACCUGUUAAGCAAGCGAGUGUCGACGGACGAAUUCACGGUCUUCCUGUUAAAUUUACGAAUUACGAGAUUGAGAUGGAGAAGAUCAAAGAACUGCGAUCCAUCAGAGCCCUGAUCGUCAACAAGAUCGAUCGCAGCGAGCUCAAGGAGGGUGAUCACAUCUACUGCUGGAGAUCACACCUUUACCUCUACGCCCACCACGGGAUAUACAUCGGCAACGAACAAGUCAUUCACUUCACUCCGGCGAGAGGCGGAAAUUCCUCGCAUUUCGCCGCCGCCUCCUGGGAUGCCUCCAGCAGUGUUCCUGGAUUUUCGUGCCCAAAAUGUGACAACUCCAGCCGUGACCGUGAGGGAGUCUGCAAGUGUUGCCUGGAUUGCUUUCUGCUGGGCGGUGAGCUCUGCCGCUUCCAGUACAACGUCUCCCGAGCUUUCUUGCUCUCCAGGAUCCGUGCAGGAACCUGCAGCCAUGCUAAAUCCAGCCCUCCUGCUCUGAUCCUGCACCGCGCCAAGUACCUCCUGGAGCGUAAUGGGUUCGGGAGGUACCAUUUSCUUAAUAGGAACUGCGAGCACUUCGCGAUCUACUGCUCGACGGGCUUGAUGGUGCAGAAGCCCCGUGAGAUCGGACAGGUUGGGGCCUUGAGGGGCUUUCUUGAGAAGCUCUAUCAAAGCGGGAAGCUCAGGGCCUUCUGCGUCUUCCUCCGCAACGGUUUUCACAACGGACGAGUGGCGUCUGUUGUUACCUUUCUGCAGACCCUACUGGGACUAGGAGGUGUGACGAUUGGGGACGUGCUCGGUAGCAAACCUGAAGAGAAUGUAGCGGAGCUUGUUGAGGGGCUUUUCAGCAAGGGCAAUCCCUCAGAGGCCAUUAGACAGCAGCUUGAGAGCAUCGUUGCAGAUCUUGUCCAGCUCCUUGGUGGGAGUAACAGCAAGAUCAGGAAGCUCGGCGCUCUUGCUAAUGCUUCUGCUCUGCCUAUAAAUAUUUAUUCCAGUUUUGUUGGGGUGGUUAUUUGCUACAGUGUCGCCCGCUAUCAAGCAGACAUUGGGAUUCGUAAGGAUGUUCGUGAUUCGUAAGGAACACGAAGGAGAAACCCACUUGAUGUCUUUUAAACAGAAACCACUUUGCCUGUUUGGUGAUUGCCUAUGGAGGUUUUGAGCGCCGAUUGCUGCUUCUUUUCCAGAAGCAUGCAAUGUAUGUGCUUGUCUCUAUAGUUUUAUGCUUUUGGGUAAUGUCUUGUUAUAAACUUAAUUGGCCAAUACAUUCUCUAGGUCUGUUUUUUCUUGGACUUCUGAUUCUGUUUGUAUCUCUGAUCUGUUAGGCCUUCACUAAAGUCUUUAAUUUUGUAGUGGAAGAAGAAAUAUUAUCCUGAUUUAGUGAUCAUAUGGCUGAAGCAAAA